AUGGCCGAGGACAAAGCUGAUCGCGCCUCCACCGACGACCAGUCCCCUACCCAAGCCGGCGGAGCUGCCAAACCUCACAAACCCUCCACCAAGGCCAACGCCAAAGAUGCCAAUCGACCGAAGAGGAAGAAGGCGAGGCGGGCAUGCUAUGCGUGUCAGCGCGCGCAUCUGACUUGUGGUGACGAGCGACCGUGCAACAGAUGCAUCAAACGUGGCCUCCAGGACCAGUGUCAGGACGGCGUACGAAAGAAGGCCAAGUACCUCCACGAUGCUCCCGCCGAAGCUCUCAUGCCCAACUUUUCCGGGAACUACCGACACAAUGGCUCUCAACCGGGCCCGACCGCCUCUCGCACUCGUCAGAUCUCUUCGCACGGCGCCCCGGCCACUCAGUCCACGCCGUUUGUCGGCCAAAAUUCAACGGACAUGUACUCGCAGUACGGCUCAGUGCCGCGCCAGGGUCACAUAGCUCGUCCAGGCAUCGAUAAUGUCAACUCCAUCGGGGAUUACACCAACCACCAGCCCGUGCAGACCGCCUCUCAGAUGUUCACCAACGCUUCGCAGCAAGUGUCUCCUGAGCAAGGCAUGCCUACCACUGUAGAUCCACCAUCGACCCUGGCGAACCCCGGGAAUGCCAUGUUCGAGUCUGGCUUCGUCGACCAUCAUGACCCUUCGUUGUACGAUGUCAACAUCUCGGAGCUCAACUACGACAAUCGUUAUGGUGCACUCGAGUUUAACAUGAUUGGGCAUUUGUUGUCUGGCGCGGCCAAUACGCCGGACUUGGAAGGAUUGCCCUCAAUGGGGCAGGCUGCUCAGGCCAACAUGAAUUUUGAUGGCGCCGGUGGCUUCAACUCCGGCUUCGGCUAUCCCUUCCAGCCGUGGCAGAGCAUCCCAAACCCCGUGUCGAGGCACGGCAGCUCAACACAGCUUUGGAGUCUCAAUAAUGAGAACAUCGACGCAUUCGCAGUGGGCGAGACGACGGGUUCUGUUGCCGGAGCCAGUGAAGCCUCUGGCGGGCAGGACUUCUCGGCGGGCUAUUCAUCAACCAUGGUGUCUCCUGAAGUCACUCUCUCGGUUCCAGAGAAGGCGCAGCCACUGGAUACGCUACAGCCGUUGGCUCUGCAAAGUCAAAAGGCGAAGCGCAAGCGUGGGCCCCUACCCAACGAGGUGGUCCAAGCCGGUGCGAACAAACGGCGCCGCAACACCUCAGACGUUUACUCGUCCGUCAAGCACCCAUACCCGUAUACACAGGGCUUCCACAACUUCAUCGCAUUUCUCCACGGCCGCUUUCCCCCCUCCCAAGUCUUGCGCAUUGCCAAAGCGCUCGCCUCGUUCCGCCCCUCUUUCAUUUCCUGCAACAAGAACCUGAACACCGACGACUUGGUCUUCAUGGAAAAGUGCUUUCAGCGCACGCUGUACGAGUAUGAGGACUUUGUGAACCAUUAUGGCACCCCGACAAUCAUCUGUCGACGUACCAGCGAGGUCGCAGCUGUGAGCAAGGAGUUCAGCCUUGUCACCGGAUGGCGACGCGAUGUCCUGUUGGGGAAGGAGCCGAAUCUCAACGUCAAUACGGGAUCAAGCGGCUCGGGUACGGAGACGGGGGCUAGCACCAAAGGCACGGCGACACCACGAGUGUCGAACAUCGAGAUCGACCCCGGCCGUCCGCAGCCCGUCUUCCUUGCGGAACUCAUGGACCAAGACAGCGUGGUGCAAUUCUAUGAAGACUUUGCCGAGCUGGCGUUUGGCGCGUCCCGAUCUUCCAUCAUUGGUGCGCGAUGCACACUUCUGAAGUACAAGACCAAGGACGAUCCGGGCUGGGGGCCGGGAGAUCGUAACGGCGGGGCACGCAACGGGAAGAAGGCCAACGAGACGAAGACGCAAUCGCUCAUGAAGGGCGAAGCCGGCGCCAACACGCUGGGCGACCAAGAUGGCAAGGUGGAUGCUGUUCUCUGCUGGACGGUCAAGCGAGAUGUGUUUGAUAUACCCAUGAUGAUCGUCAUCAACUUUCUGCCCGUGAUUUGA